AUUUCGUCCUUCAAGUAACAAUCAUGGCUGCUUCAGCUUUCUCUGUACUUCCCCGAUAUCUUCAGCGUCGAAUCGACAAGGUGUACACUUCCACUGCAAAUUCCCUUCAUCUCAUCGAGGCCCCACCUUUGAAGAAGAACAAACAAAUUGCAUCUCCUAGUUCGUCCGGAGGCGGCGGAUUUCUUGUCGAGGAUGUCCUAAUCGAAGCAGAAGAUGAGAUAGACGCGUCUCAAAUUCCUAAUAUUCCAAUUUCAUCCAUUCCAUCUGCUCUGCAACUCCUUGACCUGCCUCCCGAUGACGAACAAGUCUUGACCAUAUUUCGCCAAGCUGCAUCGGGUUGGGAUGAGGGUGCAAUUGUGUCCACAGAAUUGUCUGUCAGUUUGGAUGACUGGCGCGCUGUUUGUGCCAUCUUGCUCGAACACUAUGCCCAAGAAUAUACAGAUAGCGAUGGAGACGCGAUCUCCCGUCCAGUCAGUGAUCCAGGGAGUGACUAUCAGGCGGUGGACGUUGAUAUGGAGGAAUCAGAUAAUGCUUCAGAUGAUGACUAUCUGGACUCAGCCCCAUCGCGUCGGCGCACACGUACUGCUGCCCGUGCGUGCGACUCGGACUCUGAUUCGGAUUCUACGAAGCCCAAACAGUUGACCGAAAGACAAAAGCAAACUUGCCUAGAAACUUUUGCGCUCUUUUUCCCUAACGCUACGCCUGAGGACUUGCCCCGCCAGAAAAUAAUGACCGGCGACAUCCAACGUGUCGCAAAAUUGCUCAAUGAAAAACUGAAAGCUGAAGAGAUUAUCGAAAUGCUCGAAAAUUUCUCUUCUGCGCCGGACAAGUCAAUGACUUUGGCAGAUUUUGAGUGUAUGAUGAUUACUGCAAAGUUGGCGUAGUCGGCCCUAUCUACACGUUGUAUUACAGCUUGCCUAGUACUAGAGGUGUUCAGACUUCACACGCAGGAAGCAAGGCGAAAAGAGACGGAGCUGAAAUGCAGGAUGACAUCACGAGCGAUGGAUGGAGUACGACGAAAGUUCUCCAAAAAUCCCUAACGGCAGGAUCAUUUUCUUCCAAUCCAACAGUCAUGGCAAGGUCUUGCUCGAAAUCUGAACCAGGCGGCGUUUGAGUAGUAGAGCGCCAUACAGCUAUCGUGACAAAACGCGUCUGAGCUUUCGCCUUCCAGUCGAAACCUAUUGCCCACACGGACUUCCCACAGUC